AUGUCGUCCGUCAAGAAGGUUACCAAGGUUUACGACAGCCCAGAAGCGGUCCACACACAUAGCGAUGACAAAAUUGAUCAUUUUCACUUUGGCGGCACGCCAGGGGUCACUGCCAUGAUGGUGGGGUUCCCGCUUCUCAUGUGGUAUAUGUGGAUCGGCCAAGAAUACUACGACGGGAAACUCCCAACUCCAGAAAAAGGCCAGUCCUGGUUUGAUUUUGUCAAGCACAUGUUCGCACUUGUCAAGGAAGGCGCUUAUCCCAGCACCAAGGCGUUUGCUAUUUACUGGGGCUUUCUGAUCGCUCAGGGUAUCCUCUAUGUCACUCUGCCUGGCGUUUACACAAAAGGGAACGCGAUUCCGUCCCUCGGGGGUAAAAGACUAACUUACUUCUGUAAUGCUUAUUCUACUUUCUGGUUUACCUGCGGCGCUUUCGCCUUUCUUCACUACUUUGACAUAUUUCCCCUGCAGACCUUCAUUGAAGAGAUUGGUCCUAUUACGUCUGUAGCCAUCAUUUCUGGUUUCGCCGUUUCUAUCAUAGCCUAUUUUUCAACCUUUGUUAGAGGUCCAGGCAUUCAGCAUCGUAUGACCGGUUCGUUCUUGUACGACUUCUUCAUGGGUGCUGAACUGAAUCCAAGAAUUGGAAUUAUCGACAUGAAAAUGUUCUUUGAAGUCCGAUUGCCAUGGUUCUUCUUAUUCCUAACCACUGCCAGCACAGCUGUCAAGCAAUACCAGGACUAUGGCUACGUUAGUCCCCAGGUCUGGUUCAUUGUUCUUGCUCAUUUUUUGUACACCAACGCGUGUUCCAAGGGCGAGGAAUGCAUCGUCACCACUUGGGAUAUGUUCUACGAGAAGUGGGGCUUCAUGUUAAUCUUUUGGACUAUGGCUGGCGUCCCGUUCACGUAUCAUCACUGUACCCUUUGGCUGGCGAAACAUAAUCCAGCAGAAUAUAACUGGUCAUUCGGAUAUCAAGCGAUUCUCUUCAUCACUCUCCUCUGCGCUUACUACGUCUGGGAUACCUGCAACAGCCAAAAGAACAACUUUCGCAAACAACAAGCAGGAGUAUUCGUUGAUUAUAAACGGUUCCCGGCCCUUCCAUGGAGAUAUAUUGAAAACCCGACUUUUAUUAAGUGCAAGAACGGAAGCACUCUCUUAACUAGUGGAUGGUACCGGUGGGCCCGUAAGAUCCAUUACACCGUUGAUAUCAUUAUGGCUCUUGCCUGGGCAAUCAAUACGGGGUUUUCAUCGCCGUUCCCUUACUUUUUCCCGGUCUUCUUCACAUGCGUUGAAGUUCAUAGAGCCGCCCGUGAUAUUCAGAGAUGCAAAGCUAAAUACGGUGAUGAUUGGGUUGAGUACAGCAAGCAGUGCCCAUACCUUUUCAUCCCAUUUAUUUGGUAA